UCUCGUCUAAUUUUGUUUUUUCACACGAGAAAAGAAAUACAGCAAAUUAGUUGAGGUUUCCAAAGACAAAGCUCUGUGGCAAAUACUACUUUCAAGCAGAACACUCGGAUUUCCCACAAUUAUCGUAAGCCCAUAACACAUCUGGAGACGAAGGGGCUACUUACUAGUUAGCUUGUUAGCAAGUGCGUAAUGAUGCAAUUGGCUUUAAGUAAAACAUUUGGCCAGAAGCCAGUUAAAUUUCAACUAGAACAAGAUGGAGACUUUUAUAUGGUUGGUUCAGAGGUCGGAAACUAUCUACGUAUGUUCAGAGGCUCCUUGUAUAAGAGAUACCCAUCUUUAUGGAGGAGACUGGCCUCAGUGGAGGAGAGGAAGAAAAUCGUAGCAUCAUCACAUGCCACUAGUGUUACUCUGCUGAAAGCAUCUGAAUGUGAAGAGAUCUUUGAGGGUAAUGACGAGAAAUACAAGGCAGUGUCCAUCAGCACUGAGCCCCCAGCCUACCUCAGGGAGCAAAAAGCAAAGAGGAGUAGUCAGUGGGUGCCCACACUGCCCAACAGCUCUCAUCAUUUAGAUGCUGUGCCUUGCUCCACCACCAUUAACCGCAACCGACUGGGCCGUGACAAGAAGAGGACCUUCCCCCUGUGCUUUGAUGACCAUGACCCUGCAGUGAUCCAUGAGAACGCAGCCCAGGUCGAGGUGCUGGUUCCCAUUCGUCUAGACAUGGAGAUUGAUGGACAGAAACUCAGAGACGCCUUCACAUGGAAUAUGAAUGAAAAACUGAUGACCCCAGAGAUGUUUGCAGAGAUCUUAUGUGAUGAUCUGGACCUGAAUCCUCUGGCCUUUGUCCCAGCUAUUGCUUCAGCCAUUCGUCAGCAGAUUGAGUCCUACCCCACUGACAGUAUCCUAGAAGAGCAGGCAGACCAGAGAGUCAUCAUCAAGCUGAACAUCCAUGUGGGAAACAUCUCUCUAGUGGACCAGUUUGAGUGGGACAUGUCUGAAAGGGAGAACUCUCCAGAGUCUUUUGCAUUGAAGCUGUGCUCUGAGCUUGGUCUGGGUGGAGAGUUUGUCACCACUAUUGCUUACAGCAUCCGUGGUCAGCUUAGCUGGCAUCAGAGAACCUACGCCUUCAGUGAGAACCCACUGCCCACAGUAGAGAUUGCCAUUCGCAACACAGGAGAUGCAGACCAGUGGUGCCCCCUGCUGGAAACUCUCACUGACGCUGAAAUGGAGAAGAAGAUCAGAGACCAAGACAGAAACACCAGGCGUAUGAGACGACUGGCCAACACAGCUCCUUCCUGGUAGAAGAAGACAUGUAACAUCCCCUGGACAAACAAUCAAGUCAACACACAUGUACAUGUUCAUCCACAGAGUAUCUUUAAACACCUCACAGCUGUGUUUUCAGUUUCCAAGGACAGUGAAGCUGCUUAUCAUGAACAGAAACACAUCCAGCCAUUCCACUGCUCACACCUUCUGCCAUCGACGUUUUUCACUUUGCCUUUACUACAUUAACUAUGGCAUCAGCUAAAAGCUGAGCUUACUCUUGACUAAUUUUUAUGUGAUUAGAUUCAUCUUAUGUUACCCAGUCACCUACAAGCUGAUCUGCUACUUUUUACACUAAAUGUGUCAAGUCAAAAUGUUUUGGCAUUACUGUGCAAAUAGAGUUUAAGGUCUCUGUUUUAGUGUUUUUGGAAUAACACCAUGAAAUGUAAGGUUGCACGGUUCAAGAUUAACAGAAUUUAGCAUCACAGCAACCUCAUUGAUCUGACUGACCAUCAACAGAGUUUUAUUUAAUCACUUUUGGCGCUCAUUAACAAAUUAGAUUGCAGACUACUUUUUCUUUUAAAUCUCUGAAUUAACUGUGAUGGAUUGGGCUAAUAUAGAUCUGGUCCCAGAUAGUGUGUGGUACUGCACUGAUGUGUCACAGUAGGAAAAGCACUGGUGUGAAUAAGGAGAUGAGGUGGCUUUCAUUGUGCAUGCUGGCUCACUGGCAUGUAUUAUUGGGAUAGUUGAGUUGAACAGAGCCAUCAGUAAUGUUAGUGAAACCUAUACUUUUCCCAUUGUGACAAGUCAUAAUGUCAGAGUUCAGUACGGAGCUUUGUUUAUGUGAUAACAAGUGUUCAUAUAUGGGUGGGGGGGGGUCUAGUUAUUGAUGUUGAAUGUAGCUGCCUGAAGUUCUGUACAUAGAUCACAUAAUGACAUCUGAACAUGUCCUGUUACCUAAAAAACAGGGUCAGAAUCUCCAAAAAAAAAAAAAAAAAGUUAGAUCUGUGAACCUCAAAUUGUACAAAGCAAAAAUGCCAAGUAGACAAAAAUCAUUUUAAGGGUGCAGUAACACCAAACAACAUUAUUAAAAUGUAGUGGGUUAUGGGUGCUUCCCUGGUAGAACAUCACACAGAGGUGAGCCGGGUUACUUGGGUGAUCCUGCCAGGUUUCACUGAGACCUUUUUGCACCAGAGUCUCUGUACACCAGUGUUCAUCUGCAUGCAAAGCCGUAGCUCAUACUGUAGCUUGUGCAUGAGGGACUAAUUAUUCCCAUUGUUAUUAUUGUUUGCACUGUGCCUCACAUUGCAUCCUCGUCAGCAGAUUUGGGGCCUCAGUUUUUCUCAGAAUGCUGUCGGGUGGUCCACAGAGGAAAAAAA